AUGAUCCUGCUCAAACUGUAUUUGACCCUAGCUGCAAUCUUAUGUCAAUCACGUGGCACGACUUCUCUUGAUCUUGAUGAUUUGAUGACUACCAACCCUGAGAUACAAAAUGAGAUCAUUAACAAGCACAAUGACCUACGGAGAACAGUGGAUCCCCCAGCUAAAAACAUGCUGAAGAUGUCCUGGGACAACAUCAUUGCAGAGAGUGCUAAACGUGCAGCACUGAGAUGUAACUACAAGGAGCACACAUCUAUCGCAGAAAGAACAAUAGGUGGUGUGGUGUGUGGAGAAAAUUACUUCAUGUCAAGUAACCCUCGCACAUGGUCUUCCUCCAUUCAGAGUUGGUUUGAUGAAAGGAACAACUUUAUGUUUGGUUUUGGACCAACAAUACCAGGCGUCAUGGUUGGCCAUUAUACCCAGGUGGUCUGGUAUAAGUCUUACAAAGUGGGAUGUGCUAUCAACUUGUGCCCUGCUCAGAGCCUGAAGUACUUCCAGGUUUGCCAGUACUGCUCAGGAGGGAACGUUGCAGGUCGGAAAUAUGAACCCUACACAAUAGGAGAACCAUGUGCAGCUUGCCCCAAAGAUUGUGACAAUGGACUGUGCACUAACCCCUGUGAGUACAAUGAUGACUACACCAGCUGUCCAGAUUUAACAAAACAGGUGGGAUGCAACCAUCCUGUAACGGCAAACUGCAAGGCUUCUUGUCAGUGUACCACAGAAAUACAAUAA